AUGGAGCUUCUUAAGAAGCAAAAGCUUCCUCCAACAAGAUGCAGAUCAUCACCAUCCUCAAUCACAUCAUCCUUUUGUUGCAAUUGUAGGCUAAGUGACUCUUCCCCUGAACAUCACAGCUCCAAUAUCUCAAGUCUAGCCCAUGCCAUGGUUCAGGAGAGGCUUGACCAAAUAAUCAGAGAGACGCAACUGGAAGCCAUGACAUCAGAAGAGAGGAGAAGAAAAACAAGAAGAAGAAGUAAUAGUGUUGAUCAUAUUAACAGUCGUCGACAGUUCAUUGUGAUGGUGGCUAUGGAGAAGUCUUCCCACGAUCCAAGACAAGAUUUUAGAGAGUCCAUGACAGAGAUGAUAUCUGCAAACCGCAUAUAUCAGCCUAAGCAUCUAAGACAACUUCUUAAUUGUUUUCUUUCCAUGAAUUCAUCUGAUUUUAGGGGAAUUAUUCUCCAGGUAUUCCAUGAAGUCUGCUACGAUGUAUUCUUAUCCACCUCUGUAUUCAUGUGCAUGGAGGCAUUUGGGUCCCUAGGUGUUAACCAGGAUCAUAGAGCUAGAGAAAUGGUGGGACAUCUCGUCGAUGACCACUGGAAAGUAGGUGAGAUCGGUGAAGCCUUAAGUAGGAAGCUCACAAGCUAA